AUGUCUCUUUAUCGCAUUGGCGUCGACGUGGGCGGCACAAAUACGGAUGCCGCCAUACUCGACGUCUGUGCCUUCGAUACGCCCAGCCGUGGUGUACUGGCGUCUCACAAGGCCUUGACAACCAAGGAUAUCACCAGCGGUAUCGAGUCGGCCAUGCGUGCCGUUCUUCAAGACUCUCAGGUUGACCAGAGCCGGGUGCUCAGCGUCACUAUCGGCACGACACACUUCAUCAACGCGCUUGUAGAGGCAGAUGCACGUCGGCUAGACCGGGUCUCAGUAGUGCGACUGUGCGGUCCAUUUACCCGUCGGAUCCCCCCGUUUUCCGAUUUUCCCGUCGGUCUGCGUAGCAUUCUCGAUGGCGGUGCCUACUAUCUUAACGGUGGCCUGGAGAUCGACGGCCAGGAGAUUACGCCCUUGGAUCCAGAGCAGAUCAGACAGACCGCGAGAGACAUAGUUGCUUCCGGCGUCAAGUCAAUAGCAUUAGUCGGCGUUUUCUCGCCGCUGGAUCAUGAGGGGUUGCAUGAGGAACAGUGCAAGACUAUCAUCAGUGAAGAAGCGCCCGAGUUAGAAAUCGUCUGCUCGCACGACAUCGGGCCCACGGGGCUCUUGGAGCGUGAAAAUGCCACAAUCCUCAACGCCGCGAUUUUGCGGACCGGUCAUCGCGUCAAGAAGGGCUUCCAGCGUGCCAUGGCGCGUACUGGUCUUUCAUGCCCGCUCUAUCUGUCGCAGAACGACGGCACGCUGACUGACGCGGAUACGGCGGCAGCGUACCCCAUCAAGACCUUUGCGAGCGGCCCAACCAACAGUAUGACUGGUGCCGCGUUCCUGGCUGGUAUCGAUCACAAGAAGCCGAUCGGACCCGACUCCAAACCUAGUUCGGAGGCCGCAGAGGCGGAACCACAGGUCAUUGUUGUCGAUAUCGGUGGCACGACGACGGAUGUGUGCGCCCUCCUCCCCUCGGGAUUCCCGCGGCAGGCUCCAGGCUUCGUUGAGGUUGGAGGUGUGCGGACGGCCUUUUCGAUGCCCGAGGUCGUGUCGAUCGGGUUGGGUGGCGGAAGCAAGGUCCAUGUCGACCCUGCUACCGAUAAGGUCACAGUCGGACCCAGCUCUGUCGGCCACGCCAUUCAGCAGGAGGCUAAGAUCUUCGGCGGUAGCACUCUCACUGCGAGCGAUAUUGUGGUCGCGACAGGAAAGGCCUCCCUUGGAGUCGCUUCGCUGGUCCAGGACGUUCCGUCCUCCAUUAUUGAGAAGGCCCGCCAACGGAUAAAGGAGAUGCUUGAGGGUAUCAUUGAGCAGAUGAAGGUAUCGGCCGCUCCUGUGCACGUUAUCCUUGUCGGAGGAGGCGCGCUUCUCGUGACGGAAGAUCUCGACGGUGUAGACAAAUGCAUCCAGCCCAUCCACCAGGGAGCUGCGAAUGCAGUCGGCGCUGCCAUCGCUAAGGUUUCGGGCGAAAUCGACAUGAUCGAGAUCCUUGACGGCAAAGAUGAGCGAGCUGUUUUAGAGGCCGCGCAGCAAAAGGCCAUUGACGUGGCAGUGGCCAAGGGCGCGGUGAGGGAGUCUGUGCAAGUCGUUGAGGUCCACAAAAUGCCCCUACAGUACGUGCACAAUGGCGCAAUCCGCAUUCAAAUCCGAGCAGUUGGUCCCCUCUCGAUACCUGACGAGCCGGUCUCCCUUCCUUUAGCCCUUUCGGUAUCCACGGAGGAGCCAGAUGCAGACGAAGGACUGAAAGUCAGUGCUUUCGACGCUCUUGAGUCGACUACGCGGCCUUCCCUACGGGUCGAUCUCGAAAACUAUCGUCCCGAGGUCAAGGAUGGAGUCUGGUACGUCUCGGAGGUUGACCUAGAGAUGAUCUCCACGGGUUGCGGCGUCCUAGGUACCGGAGGCGGUGGACCAACGCACCACGAGUUCCUCAAGAGUCUGCAUGCGUUGCGAACUGGUGGAGAGAGGAAAAUGCGCAUUGUUUCUCCCAAGUCGCUUAAUGAUAGCGAUAUCAUUUGCUUUGGCUCGUGGUAUGGCAGUCCAAGUGUGAUCAAUGAGCGUAUUGCAGGAGGCACAGAGAUCACCUCUGGUAUCGACGCUGUCAACAAAUUCCUCGGUAUCAAGGCUUUCCAUGGUCUUCUGCUCGAUGAAGUUGGCGGCGGUAAUGGUCUGAGUGUAUUCCCCACUGGCGUACACUAUGAUGUCCCUGUCGUUGACGGUGAUGCUAUGGGUAGAGCGUAUCCCACAAUGUAUCAUGCUACGACUAGUGUUUAUGGCCACUCACUGGUCCCAUGUGUCCUGUCUGAUGCCCGUGGAAACACAAUACUUGUCGCAGACGCCGACUCCCCAGUAAGACUGGAGAAGCUUCUCCGCACCGCAGCCAUUCAGCUCGGCCUUGCCUGUGCUGUAUGCGCUAACCCCCUACCUGCCUCGGCCAUCAAGUCCCAUGCCGUGCCCAAUACAUUAUCCCUUGCCUGGUAUCUUGGUCGCGCAGUACACUUAGCACGCCGCUCAAAGGUCAACUAUGUAGAUGCGAUUUUCAAUGUCUGCGCAGGCAAACUACUCUUCACCGGCAAGCUCGUGGAUGUCCGCCGGUUCAUCGGCGGUGGAUACACCAUGGGUAAUGUUAUCAUCGCCCCUCUCAGGGAAGAGGAGCGUGAGGCUUCCGCCAGCUCGAGCGGGCGGAGUGUCUCCGACGGCCGUCAUAUGAUUAUCCCCUUCCAGAACGAGUAUCUGUAUGCUGCCCUGAUUGAUGCCGAUGGCUCCGAGGAGUCACAGGAGGUCAUUUGCACUGUCCCUGAUCUGAUUUCGAUCUUGGGUCAGGAUGGUGAGGCGAUCGGCUCGCAAGACCUGAGGUAUGGAUUGAGAGUCAACGUGAUUUCAUUGCCGUCGCAUCCUCUGUGGAAGACAGAGAAGGGGUUGGCAGUUGGUGGACCGGCAGGCUUUGGUCUAAAGAUGCCUAACGUGAAUGUAGAUGAUGAUUUCACUGAAGCGCCAAGUGUGAUUGAUGAAUUUGAUGUUUAA